AAGGGCUGGUCCCUUCUCUUGUCGUGGCGGCGGUGCUUGUCGGAGGGAUGGGGCAGAGCCGGGCCUAGCGGGGCAGCUGCCGCCAUGAGCGGAGCAGUGGCUGGUGGCGAGGGAAGGAGCGGCGACUCCUCAGCGGGCCGCUGGCCUGGCUGGAAACUGCUAGCCUUGGGCCUCCUCUCCGCUUCUUCGGUGUUGGCGGCAGCCCCGGCUGUGCAGGCUAUGCGCAGGGAGGAGAAGCGUCGCCUCGGGAAUCAAGUACUGGAAAUGUUUGAUCAUGCCUAUAGUAAUUACAUGGAUCAUGCCUAUCCAGCUGAUGAGCUCAUGCCUUUAACUUGCCGUGGAAGAGUUCGGGGUCAAGAACCAAGUCGCGGGGAUGUGGAUGAUGCCUUGGGAAAGUUUUCAUUGACACUAAUUGAUACGUUGGACACUCUUGUGGUUUUAAAUAAAACCAAAGAGUUUGAUGAAGCUGUCAAAAAAGUGAUUAGAGAUGUUAAUUUAGACAACGACAUCGUAGUAUCAGUGUUUGAAACUAACAUAAGAGUCCUUGGUGGUCUUUUAGGCGGGCACUCAGUAGCGAUCAUGCUGAAAGAGAAAGGUGAAGACAUGCAGUGGUACAAUGGGGAACUUCUGCACAUGGCAAAGAAGUUGGGCUACAAGCUUUUGCCAGCUUUUAACACCACUAGUGGUCUCCCAUAUCCAAGAGUUAACUUAAAAUUUGGUGUAAGGAGUCCAGAAGCUCGGACAGGAACAGAGACUGACACUUGUACGGCUUGUGCUGGUACCUUGAUCCUGGAAUUUGCUGCUCUGAGCCGUUUCACAGGGGCAUCAGUAUUUGAGGAAUAUGCACGGAAGGCACUUGAUUUUCUUUGGGAAAAAAGGCAACGCAGCAGCAAUUUAGUUGGAGUCACUAUUAAUAUUCACACGGGUGACUGGGUCCGCAAAGAUAGUGGUGUUGGAGCAGGAAUAGAUUCCUAUUACGAAUAUUUAUUAAAGGCCUAUGUCUUGCUUGGAGAUGACAGUUUUUUGGAAAGAUUUAACACACAUUAUGAUGCCAUAAUGAGAUACAUUAGCCAGCCACCUCUUCUGCUUGAUGUGCACAUACACAAACCAAUGCUCAAUGCUCGGACGUGGAUGGACUCACUGCUAGCAUUUUUUCCAGGAUUGCAGGUGCUGAAAGGUGAUAUUAGGCCAGCUAUAGAAACACAUGAGAUGCUGUAUCAGGUGAUAAAAAAGCAUAACUUCCUUCCUGAGGCUUUCACAACAGAUUUCCGGGUUCAUUGGGCACAGCAUCCUUUACGGCCGGAAUUUGCAGAAAGCACCUAUUUCUUGUACAAGGCUACUGGAGAUCCUUACUACCUAGAAGUAGGUAAAACACUAAUUGAGAACUUAAAUAAAUAUGCACGAGUACCUUGUGGAUUUGCUGCUAUGAAAGAUGUUCGUACUGGAAGUCAUGAAGACAGGAUGGAUUCUUUCUUCCUGGCUGAAAUGUUCAAAUAUUUAUAUUUGCUAUUUGCUGAUAAGGAAGAUCUGACUUUUGAUAUAGAAGACUAUAUCUUUACUACAGAGGCUCAUUUACUACCUCUCUGGCUAUCUACUGCAAACCAAACAGUCCCUAGGAAAAAUAUUACCACAGAAUACACAGAGCUGGAUGACAGUAACUUUGACUGGACAUGCCCCAACACUCAAAUCCUUUUUCCAAAUGAUCCUAUGUAUGCUCAAAGCAUCAGAGAGCCUCUGAAAAAUGUGGUGGACAAGAGUUGUCCUAGGGGAAUUUCCAGAGCGGACGACAGUUUGGGCAGUGGACCAAAACCUCCAUUGAGAGCCAGGGAUUUCAUGGCCAGUAAUCCUGAGCAUUUAGAGAUACUGAAGAAGAUGGGAGUCAGCUUGAUUCAUCUCAAAGAUGGAAGAGUCCAGUUGGUGCAGCAUGCUAUCCAAGCAGCAAGUUCACUUGAUGCUGAAGACGGUUUACGAUUCAUGCAAGAAAUGAUUGAGCUCUCCAGUCAACAACAAAAAGAGCAACAACUACCUCCUCGUGCAGUUCAAAUUGUUUCUCACCCGUUCUUUGGCAGAGUUGUUUUGACAGCUGGGCCUGCACAAUUUGGAAUGGAUCUGUCGAAACACAAAUCAGGGGCAAGAGGAUUUGUUGCAGUCAGUAAACCAUAUAAUGGAUGCUCCGAGAUCACUAAUCCUGAAGCAUUGAAGGAGAAAAUUGCUUUGAUGCAAAGAGGACAGUGCAUGUUUGCUGAAAAGGCACGGAACAUUCAAAAAGCUGGAGCCAUUGGUGGUAUUGUUAUUGAUGACAAUGAAGGAAGCAGCAGCGACACAGCUCCUCUUUUCCAAAUGGCGGGUGAUGGAAAGGAUACAGAUGACAUCACUAUCCCCAUGCUGUUUCUGUUCAACAAGGAAGGCAGUAUUAUUCUUGAUGCUAUCCAGGAGUAUGAAGCGGUAGAAGUGCUUCUCUCUGACAAAGCAAAAGACAGAGCAACUAUAUUUAAAGAUAAAAUGAUUCCAAACUACAUUAUUGAUAGCAAUUUGGAAAUGGAAAGCAUGGAUCAAAAGUCAUCUGAUAACGAUUCUCAUAACCAGAGGUCAGAAGAGAUCUCAACAGAUUUGAACUUGGUCAGUCAAGACCCUGAAGGAGAAGGUGGUUUGAAUUCACUUGCAGAGUUGGGCAGCAAUAGUGCUUCUCUUACAAACCAGGAUUCUUGUAUACCCAAACUCCAAGAAACUACUACUAGUAGUAGUAGUAGUCAAGUGUCAGAACUGGAUACUGAGGAACAAUCAAAGAUUGAGAUGGAUUCCAUUCCCAGUAAUAGCUGGGAUAACAAAGGCCAGUCCAUGGAAUCAAUUUUAGCUGAUUGGAAUGAAGACAUAGAAGCAUUUGAAAUGAUGGAAAAGGAUGAAUUAUAACUUCAAAUAACAUGCUUGUGGGACUAGAAAACAGUGGACUUUAUGGAGGAUAGUAAGGCCCUAAUAUCUGAAAAUUAAAGAAUUGUUCAGUAUUGUGAUGAACAGCCAGGUUUUAUCGGCAAAAGCCAGCAUGUGUUAUAAUGUGUAUUGUUUUCUUUUGUUUUCCCUGUCUUUAAAAAUGGGAAUGUGCAAUUGACCCAUUUGCAGGGUUCCUUUGCAUGGUGCUGUAACACCGGAGGUUCAUUCAGGGAAUGAUUUGGAUUCCUCCUGUGUUCCAGGUUCUUGUGGGUUAGCUUGCCUUAGCCUUAAGAGGCAAAUAAUGAAUGGAAUGGGAUUAAUACACCACUGAGUCUGGAUGGCUAGUUGGGGCAUGAUAUCUGGGCACAUGGGCUGGCUGUUGCAAUGAUACUGUUUCAAGGGCCAAUACUGUAUCUCAAAAGCUUUUAUGGAGACAUGGUAGAAAGUACUUCAGGCUGUUGUGCCUUUAUUUUGAGGGCCGAACAACAGGCAGCUGUGACUUGUCCUUGCCACUUAAUAUAGUAAGUGUGUUAUACCUCCUUAUCACUUCUUCCAUUUAUUACUUUGAAGAAUGACCAAGACAACUUGGAUUUUCCCCUAAGUUCCUAGUUCAAGUCAAGUUAGUUUAUAAACCAAAGGCAAUGGGCUCUUCUUAUUAGCAAAAAAUAAAAAUCACAGAUAAUUCUGAAACCAGAAUCUGGGUAACUGGGCAAGACCUCUUCUCUACACUCCCAUCACUUUGAUUUUGAACCUUCCACCUGAAAUGGUAAGCUAAAAAUAAGGAAAAACUAGCAUCCUUGCCAAAAAACUUUUGGGAAAGGUCCUAAAUCAAUUAGAAGUGGGAGGGAAUUCAUUUUGUUUUACAAGCUAUAUUGAAGUCAGUUUUACAUCAAUAACAUCCUUUUUCCUACAUACAACUGAAAAUUUCUUGUGUUUUCCCCUUGGGCAAAAAGGCCAGUAUCUUAAACUAGAGAGAACAUGUCCAUAGUAUAGUAUGAAGUCAAAGAAAGACUGAUAUCAUGUGUACAUUCUUCUUAAAUUGUAGUAGAAAUCCUAGUAUUUUUGAAAGCAAUCAUGUUUCACAAAUGUCUUAAGUUUAAAAUGAGGAUCCUUUUUUAAAAACCCAAAUGUAGCACAAAAAAGCAAGUAAGAUUAAUACAAUUGCAUCUACAAGACUGCCUGACUUAUUUAUAUCGGUCUUAAUUGCUUUCAUUUUGAUAGUUUUCAUUUCUGCUUAUUUUUGUUUUGUUUUGUUUUAUUUGCUUUUAGGAAACUAAUUUGACACAGCAACAGUGUGUGCUGUGCCCAAUUCAGCCACUUUAUGUAUAAAGGGGAAUUCACAAAAUGUCUGUUAUGACAAUGUGCAGUGCCGUGUGUGAGAAGGGAAGGUUUGUAUAUUACAAAAGAGGCAUUGCAUCGUCCUGUAUGAUUCCUUGUCAGUGGAGGCCAGGUCAGUUUUGAGAGGGUUCCAACAGCAACCCUCCAACACAGGAUUUGACCUUCCCUAUAGAUGUGAAUGUAACCAUUGAUUUUUUAUAUAUAUAGGGGGAAAAGUAGAGCAGGAUAUCUGGGAGCCUAUGGACUAAACCUGCUCUCUACUUUACAUCCCCGUGGAACAAGUUUAGCUCCCUCACUCAUGUGUACCAGAUUGUUUCUUGGUCAAGUAGUGUAACAUAAAUCGUUAGAAAUUUUCUGUCUCUAUAUCUAUAUUUAGAUAUGAAUGAGAGAGAGAGAGAGAGAACGCGCUAGUCAUUUACGUUUAUUUGCAGUCUGAGGAAAGGUCCUAAGACAAAGAGUUACAGUGUGUGGAAAGGUACCUUCAAAUGUACAGGCAUUGGCAUCUUUCCAAGAACGUGCUAGCUGGGUGGAAAUAUUAUGGUGUAUAAACUGAGUGAAAACAAAGUUGGUGAAUCUUAGCAGACUAAUAAAUAAGUGUCCUUUAACUUUUUUCAAAUGUUUUUAUUUGCACAUAAAGUAUUAGAACUGGGGCUUUCAGCUUUUUGGUGAAGUAUCUCGAAUUGAAUUGUAUUUAGGCUUAGAGGGUGGGAUAUUUCUUCAGGCAACUUGAGUACAGUCUUCUCUAAAGUGUCCUUUGGAAGCUUAGGCCCAGAUCCAGAGGAGAAUGCGUGUUUGGUCAUGCCCAUAAAAUAAUUUCAGCAGUUUGGGGCCAAGCCUACACAAUGCACUAUAAAUUUAAAGUAGAAUUUGUAAAAAAAUAAAUGGGAUAUUCUGCAUGUCAAGAGUAUUAGUGCCACUAGUAAACUUUUUAUAUGAACUCUGAUCUAGGCUAACUUACCAAUCAAACUGUUUUUUUUUUUUAGGCCUUUAGUAAAAAUUGCUCAUUUGGUGUUUCUGGUAAAUUGAUUCUCUAUCUUCACAAAACAUGUUGGACAGAAUUAUACCUGCUUCAUACAGCAACCACUAAAUUUUCAUUUCUUGCUACAGAUAAUUUAUUAAGAGUUUGCACUACCUGUUACUACUUGUACAUAGUUUGUAACAUGGAUUAAACAUCUGAAAAUGGAUUGAGUUUUCCUCAUUGAUUCAGGGAUUAUUGAAAGACUUCCUUGCCAUUAGAAAGGAGCAUCUGAAAGGUGGUGGUCUACCUCAGAUAUAGGUUGCCCAUUUUUAUACUUUAGUUCUUCAUCACAGCCAUAAGCCUGUUUGACAAUAACAAGAGGUUUACAUGUCAUCAACUAGAAUUGGAAACUGCUUUUUUGGAGAAAGGUUACCUAUUAAUUAUGAAUAUCUUCAUAUCACAACAGAAACCCUUUUUGGACAAGCAUCCCUGUACCUAUUAGGAGAGGUGUGUGAGUCUUAGGCUUGCAUGUGCCUCCGUUCUUUAGGAAAAAGUAAUAGAGGAGCUGGCACAAUAGUGGGUUCAUCUCUACUAAGGAUCUUCCUGAACCUGCUUCGGUGUGGUUACUUAGAGCAGGUUCAUAGAGAUCCCAGGGACGAUAUUACCCUACAGUCAGGACAAUAGAGGAAACAUUCUAUGAAUGCAAACCAUACAUCCAGAUUUUAUAAGACUUUUUACCAGCCCAAUUUACAGCCAUAUAUUUUCUUAUGAUGUAAUUUAUGAAAAGUCUAAAGGGGUGCUGUAACAGUACUGUUGUUGGAUUUUACUGUCUGGUGAUUUUAAGUGUGUACAAUAUUCCUAAGGGCAACUGUGUACUGUGAUAAAAGUCUGAGCUCAAAGUGUACAUAAUCCUUGUAUAUAAAAUUGUGAACUUGAUUAUAAUUGCCGAUUGUAAAGAUUUAAUAAAACAUGUAAAUAUUCUGGUCAAA